AUGUCACUUUCUAGACAUUUUUUUGGAAAAUUCCAAUCGUUCAUCUCAAUCGCACUUUUUUUCGCCUUGUUCGCCGUCGUCAGCCACGGUGCUUCCAUUCCAAACGCUCAAGAAUCAUCCAAACCGUCCGAUUUGAUCGAAAUCGAAGUUGAUGCCGCUCCCGAAAGUGGUGCCAUACAAGGUCUUAGAUUGAAAAGAAGCGGAGACCUCGGUGAAAAUCUUCCAGAAAUCGACAUUGAAAAAAUCGACAACGACGUCAUUUCCGUGAACGGUGUCAGAUUGAAAAGAAGCGAAUUGAAAGAUUUGUCGGAUGUUAACCUCGACGAAGAAGCGACCGAAGAUGAUGCUUCCGGUGAAAGAACUAGAAGAUCCGGCGGUGGAGACCUUUUGGGAUUCCUCGGACAAAAACUCGGACAGAAAAUCAGUGCUUUUGCCAGCGCCAGUUCCGGACACAAUUCCGAAGCUGAAGUUCACUACGGUGCACCAGUCACGACAUACGGCAAAUCAUUCGAUUUCUGGGCCUUUAAAAAAGCCAUCGUCGCCACUUUGCUUCAAGCCGCUAAAGCCAUCAAGGGAGGAGCCAUCGCUUUGAGCGGUCAACUUCUUAAAGCUAAAGGUCAUCUCAUCGCCGCCAAGGGUAAACUUCUCGCAUCCAAAGGAGAACAGGUCAACCAUCUCGGACGGGAGAUCGCCGCUAAAGCUCUUUUACACUCUCCACACGCUGCCGGAGCUGCCACUGCUUUUGCUAACGCUGCUGUCGAUCACGUACCAGACACCGGCUACUCUACCGUAGGAUUAGCUAGCGGUUUCGCUGGACCAACUCAACCAGGUUACGUUGCCGUUUCUGGUGGAUACCCAGUACCGACUCCACACGGAUACAACAAACGAGGAGCCGUUAAUCAACAGUACGCCGUUCCACAAGAACAUACGGAACUAUUAUUAUUAAAUUAA